GCCAAUCAGAAGCAGCCGCCCUGCUCAUCAUCUCCUCCGUGUUUAUACAAUGGGGAAGGUGAGCAGCCGCACAGAUUGUUGUGACUGAAGGAGUCACACAUCUGAGUUUCGACUCGGUAACGUCGGAGGACAGCUGAACGAGAGAGCACCCGGCGGUAAAAGCGAGAUGGAGAGCGGGGAUGACAGUGUCCUCCGCUCCCGCUGCCGAGCCAUCCCCAAGAUGCCCACCUUCCCUGACCUAGAUAGCUCUUUGGAUGAGGGACGUAGUCCGGGGGAACGUCGGCAAGGCAGCGGAGACAACCACAUUACCAGCAAUGGAAAAAUUGAAGUGGAACAUGUGAUCAGUAAAAAGCUACAACUAAAAAGGAAAGCAGAGUUCCUGAAGAGUGACCUGAUGCGUCAGUUUGAUAGUCACGUCAAUGACUUCAUGGACAGUCUUAUUGAGGAGUCGACCAGCCUGGAGCCUGCACCAGUCCCUGCUGUUUUUUCACCCCCACUGUCAGACAAGGAGAGGAACAAGCUCAGGCAUUUUCGGCCUCCUCAUGGCCAGGGGAAGCAGUUUGUCAGUCGCAGGUCCCUCUUAGAUGAGCUGUUUGAGGUGAACCACAUCAGGACCAUCUACCACAUGUUUAUUGCUCUCCUCAUUCUCUUUAUCCUCAGUACACUGGUGGUAGAUUUCAUUGAUGAAGGCAGACUAGUGUUGGACUUUGACCUGCUGGUCUAUGCAUUCGGACAGUCCCCUCUGGUGGUGUGCACAUGGAUCUGCAUGUUCCUGUCUGUGUUGCUGGUUCCCUACACCCUGUUCCACCUGUGGUCACAGACCCAGUCUGGGUCUUAUAGUCACCCCAAGUUGUACAGUUUCUUGUUUGGUUCUGUAUUCCUGCUCUACCAAGCUCUGGGUCUGGGAUUCCUUCCUACAUAUGUUGUUGUGAUCAACAGUUUGCCACCUGCUUCCUGCUUCAUCAUCAUCCUGGAACAGGUGCGUCUAAUGAUGAAAGCACACUCCUUCAUUAGGGAGAAUGUACCAAGAGUUCUGACCUGGGCCAAAGAUAAGACCACUCCCAGCCCAGUGGUCCCUCAGGUUUCUCAGUAUCUCUACUUCCUGUUUGCACCCACACUCAUCUACAGAGACAAGUAUCCCAGGAACCCAGUGAUCAGAUGGGGCUACGUGGCCACAAAAUUACUUCAGGUACUGGGCUGUCUGUUUUAUGCCUAUUACGUGUUUGUGCGGCUGUGCAUCCCUCAGUUUCGCAGCAUCAGUCUGCAGCUGUUUGACCUGAAGGCCAUGGUCCUCUGUGUCUUUAACUCCAUCCUGCCAGGAGUGUUGGUUCUCUUCCUGGGAUUCUUUGCCUUCCUCCACUGCUGGCUCAAUGCAUUUGCUGAGAUGCUUCGUUUUGCUGAUAGGAUGUUUUACAAGGACUGGUGGAAUUCAACCUCUUAUGCCAAUUAUUAUCGCACUUGGAAUGUAGUGGUCCAUGACUGGCUGUACUACUAUGUGUACCGGGACUUCCUGUGGAUGUCUCAGAAGCGUUUCAGACCAGUGGCCAUGCUGUUUGUGUUCACCGUGUCCGCCGUGGUCCAUGAGUACAUUCUUGCAAUCUGCUUUGGCUUCUUCUAUCCUGUACUCUUCUGCCUUUUUAUGUGUUUUGGAAUGAUGUUCAACUUCAUUCUGCACGACCAAAGGAAAGGUCCCAUCUGGAACAUAAUCAUGUGGACUUCCCUCUUCUUGGGUCAGGGAGUCAUUAUCUGUCUAUACUCCCAUGAGUGGUAUGCCCAGCGCUACUGCCCCUUGAAGGAGCCCUCCUUCCUAGAUUUACUAAAGCCUCGCUCCUGGAGCUGUCAGAGAGGUUUGAUGGUGGACUCUGAUAGGCUGUGACCUGUGUCUGGACUACUGCUGAGGACUAUCACUGAUCAGUAUAAAUUUGACCAGCCUUUCUGUUACUUUCAUAACUUUUGUUCUCUAAUAUUUUUCUUCAUUUUAUUGCACUGUGGUCAUGACUGAGUCUGUGUAUGAAUGUAGGAAAGAGGUCCAAUCAGUAUAUGCCAAAAUGUUCUUUACUCUAACAGCUAAGCCACAUUGAUGCCUUACUUAUUUCUUUUAUGUUUUCGAAGGCAACCCCACAACAAAAUUACAAGUUCACAUAAAACCAUGUGUGAACAUUUUUAUUUUUAUGUACUAUUUAUUUUCAGAUGUAUUCACAUUACUUUUGCCUUGAUCAACUGUGAAACCACUCCCUGUGCCAACAGAAUAAUGGCAAUAAUGAUGACAUGGCAGCUGAAUAUAAACAUUACAAGUACAAAUAAUAUUGAGAUAUGCAGUAAUUAUUAAUAUUUAACAAAGUUUGCAAUUACUACUCUAUUAUAUAAAGCACAUUCAGUAUGCUGCUCAGUAAAACAUUUAAUGUUAUUCAUAUUCACUGCCAAUAAGAUUUAUUUUGAAAAACAGUUGCUGUUUGGUGUUUUGCAUAAAUCUAUGACAAACUCUCGUCUCUGAAUUAAAUCUUCAGUUGACUUCUCAAAAGAGGAAAAUGAAGGUGGCAUUUGAGAUGCUGAUGUAGAUGACUAAUGCUGUGUGGAAUUAAUACUCUCUGUGACUGCUUAAUUUAUUCUUGACUAUUGAAUUAACUGGUUCAAACUUAUAUCUAGCAUCACAGAAAAAGGUUAUUGUGAACCUAAUAAUGUUCUAUUUUGUUCAUAAACAAUGUUAUGUGAGUUAUGUACAGUGAUUGUACUACAGAAUGCCUACGAAUGUAAAACUGUUGCAGCUGGCUGCUAGAAUAUUGUAACAGUGAGAUGGUGAUGAUACUUGAUAACCACUAAGGGCUACAGUUUGCUUUGUCAGAAACAAUAAUAUGUUAAAUGAGAUAGUGUUUUAUUGUUUAAAUCAUACAAGUAUACAUUUUACUGAACAGUAAUUUUCAUGUCAGACUAAUGGAAGAAUGAAUUUAUAUGUUCAGUGCACUUUUAGUUCUUAUGGUCAUAAAAUAAUGUGUUUACACAUUUGUAUUAGUUGGAGGGAAUCACAGAUCAAUCAUUGCACAGUUAAUGUUGCCCAUUCUGACAUAUUUCAAUGCAGGGAGACUGUAUUUAUGCUUGUGAAUAACAAGAUGCACAUUACAAAGUAAAAACCAGCAACGGGAAACUCAGCACUUCUUAAAAAAUCUGUAUGACCACAAGGUGGCACUGUAUUAAAGGCUUUUAUUUUUGAUCCUUCCUCUGCUCGUUUUGGCAAGAGAGGCUUCCCCAGAGUCCUUUACAAAAUUAAUAUUAACAAACAACACAAGUACCAGCAACUUAUUUUUUUAACAUGUACAGAUAAUAGUAGAAAUAUUGGAAUGCCCUGUGGUACUUAGUGCUAAAAUUUAGCUCUUGAGAACUCCAUAUUUGGCAGAAGUUUUAAUCUCGCUUUAUGCCUUUGAGAUUUUGUUAAUAAGGAUAAUAUUUAUAGUAAUGAAAGGAGCCAAGCUGCAGAAAUGCUGUUUAUUUGGAUGAGCUAUUUAUUUUUUUGAGCAGAGUUUUGCCUGCUUAUUGUGAUAUUUGUGUUCAUUGUGAUCAGAUUUUUUUUAGCCUUGAAUAGCUUAAUGUGUCAGGUGACAAUUUAAUGAAUCAGUAUGUUGUUCUAUUAUUGGAUGUUUGACAAAUGUCUGAUACAUUCCUCAAAGACACAUCAAAGUAUGAGAACUAUUAAGAAUAAAAAAUGAAGUAUGUUC